GUUUUCAUUACACAACUUUUUGACCGAAAUCUUACAUUCUCAUUACUCUAUCUUUUACUCUAUCAAUCACUUUUCCACACUACAUUGUGAUUUGUAUCCAGUCCAGUCCAGUCUCUAUCACGCAAUUGCCGGUUCAACGCAGGCUCUCAGCCUCGUACGCCAUCCCUACCAUAUUUUCACUUCCCAGAAUUGGAAAGUCAGUGGAACAGCCAGCGCCUAUAGGGCCAUAUCGCAUCUGAUAACGAAUGGUCUGUUACCCUUUUAGACAGAACCUCGUUGUCCAAGCUUCGAUCAAGCAUUCGUGCUGUACUGGUAGUGAGGUGCAUUCACUCAUUUAAUUCGUUUGGACGCUGUAGAAUUGCCGAGGCCAAUACCUGGGGUGGACAAAAAGGCGGGGUUCGAGUAUCAUAAUAUCGUAAUCUUUCGUUAUUGAAAUGGCAGAUACCUCAACAAACAUGUCUAUCGACGCAAAAGAAUCAGUCCGAGAGGGUACAGAUGAAUCUCUGGAUGUCUCUACACCAGAAGCCGAGACAGAAAUUCCUCCAGAAAAUAUUGGCCAACAAAAAAGAAAGGGUGGCCGAAAACCUGUAUGUUGACAAGAUGUGCUUAGCCCUGUAGUACCUAUUUGCUAAUGUGAUCCCUCAGAUUUAUGCUACUUCAGAAGAACGUAAACAGCGCAAUCGCCAGGCGCAAGCAGCGUUUAGAGAACGUCGCACCGAGUAUAUCAAGCAACUUGAGGAAACAAUUCGAGUUCAUGAGACAAAUCUCCAUAGUCUCCAGAAUGCUCACAGAAGUGCCGCCGAUGAGUGUUUGAUGCUCCGCUAUAAAAACUCUCUCCUUGAAAGAAUUCUUCUAGAGAAAGGUAAUUGUAUCAGUUGAGCCUUCAUUUGAAAAUAAUCUAAUUGUUUGGACAGGCAUCGAUGUCCAGGCUGAAUUACGGGCAAAGACAGGAAGUCCACACCUUGGUCCAACGCACAUGCACCAAAAUAUGGCUCAACCACCUACUGUUCAACGUGCUAUAAUGAACAGACAUCAUCAAGCUAGACGAUCAAACUCGAGCAUUGCACCAAAGCUUGAGCCUGGUGUUUCUUUUCACAACAAUCAAUCGCCACAAUCGAGGCCUACUCCAUCAUCACAUGCCUCAUCGCCAACCACAAGCUCGUCAGGCUUUAACCACCAAGGCGUACUAACCCCACCUUCUUCUGACUCUCAAAUGCAGCAUCAACAGCAACAGCAGCAACGUCUCCACGCCGCAAAAACGCAAGCACAGCAUGCAUUGUCAGGUACUACAGGACUUCUCGUUAAUACUAGUGUGGCAUCGCCAUUAGGGGCAAAAGGGCAAGGAAAUGGCAAUGGUGCGGGUAAUGCGGGCGGGGCUACCGGGGCCCCUACGUAUUAUCCGUCAUUCCAAACUCAUAUUGAGCAACUCGGCAAGCUGACCCGUCCCCUGUUAUCAUUUUCUUUUUUUGGAACCAUGUUCGUCCUAGAUUGAUUCCGUGAGUACAGAACAGGAGUACGAUGCGCAAGCCGAUAUGGUUGACGAUCAACCCGAAAUCGCAGGCCCCGGGCCAUACCCCGAACCGGUUCCCGCUGGUCAACUCAACCAGCUACAGGGAAACCAACCGCAACAACUCGGUCACCCCCCGCACUCGCAAGGCAUGCACGGCGAAAACGCCACUCAAGCCUACAAUCCGAUGACACAGCUACUUGAUCCAUACGACCCGAUGCUCGAUAUGGAUCCUUUCGGUCUUUCUGCAAGCAUGCAAUUUCCAACGCAAUUCUCCUUCGAUACGAGCUCAAUGCGAUAAGCGCUUAUGAUACCCAUGGUUAGGCAUAAUCUCUUUCAUGGUUUCGGCAGGUGUUCUAGGGGGUAAUGCAUUCGGUUUUAAUGUCUCCUGGGAUCAGGCAAUGAGUUUUGGUUUUAGUUUUGAGAGCAUCUGGGAUGGAGUUUAAAACCCCAAAAAAAGGAAGGGAUGGGACAAAAAAAAGUUUAUAAGCAAGGGCUAUGGCAGAUCCUCGAGUUGUUAUAACAUUGCAUCAAUUGCAUGUCUUCGAGGCGAUCACGCCAUAAGCACAAUUCGCAAAAGGAAUGUAUCUUUUGAGCGUUUCAUUCUCUCAUGGUGGGGACGGGUUUUAUGAUGGGAAUGAAAAAUGUAUAUGGAUAUCGAAGGGCGGUGGGUUAGGCGGAGCAAUGAACGGAUAUUCCUGAUGAGGAUGGUGGAAAGGAAAACAAUGACAACAGCAAUGGAAAUAUGUUGCAUGGUGUUCCUCUUAUUUCGUCGUUUUCAACAACAUUUCCUUCC